AUGCAAACCAACUAUUCAUGCUCGCAAGAUGAUAGCAUCCCUACUAGCCUACAAGUCCCUUCACAAAUUCAAGAACCCGAAUUCAGCUUUGAUGACAACUUGGACACUGCGGAAUAUACCAUUUAUGAUGAGCACAUAGCUGAUACAACUGGUGAACCUGCCAAGCAAAACCGAACCGUUAAUGUAAGCUGCCGCACAUACAGCCUUAGUUACUGUACUAAUACCACUUGUCAGGAUAAUCCUCUCUCAGUUUGGGUUCAAGAACGCGAGAACUUUCUUCUCGAGCUUCUCCGGUUGGAUGGACGUGGCGAUUUCAUUUUUGAUCAAGUUUGCGAGGGACAUGACGGAUGCCAGGGACAUCCAGACUACCGAUGUCGGGACUGUUUCGGCACAGCUUUGUAUUGCAAGGGAUGUAUGUUGGUGAGACAUCAAGAAAGUCCGUUACAUCGACUUCAGCACUGGGUCGACGGGCACUUCGAGAACACCAACCUCAAAGCCCUUGGACUCAGAAUUCAGCUUGGCCAUCGUGUUGGAAACCGUUGUUGCAACCCGGUGUCAACAGCAUUUCACAACGACUUCGUUGUUCUCGAUGUCAACGGUGUACAUUCAGUCGCAGUAGACUUCUGUGGAUGUGGGACGGCUCAACCGGUAACAACUCAACUCCUCCGUGUCCGGUGGUUUCUGUUUCCAGCAACAUCCCUCAAUCCAAAAACAGCUGCGACUUUUCGGCUCCUUCAUCACUUCCAUAUCCUCACGUUCGAAUCAAAGGCAUCGGCCUUUGAGUGCUGGCAAACACUGUCACGGCUGUCCGACAACUCUGGCAUCAAUCCUCCUAAGGAUCACUACGUAGCGCUACUUCGGAUGAUCAAAGAAUGGCGGAACUUGACACUACUCAAACGAUUUGGCCGUGGGCAUGACCCCGAAGGUAUCAGUGCAACUCAAUGUGGUUCUUGCGCUGUCCUAUGUCCUGCUUGUCCCCAACCAGGUAAAAAUUUACCGCAGGGUUGGGAGGAUGCAGUUCCUGAAAAACGGUGGCUUUAUGGAAUUUUCAUUGCGAUUGACGCAAACUUUCGCUUGGCGCGGAAGAAUGUUUCCUCGGAUAAGGUCGAUCCUGGUUUGAGCAACGGAUGGUCAUACUUUGUGGAGGAACAGGGAUACAAGACCUUCCUCAACGAAGUUGGCCAGCAGCCGCAAGAGAAAAGUACAUGUGCAAGUCAUGAUGCUGUCAACCUGGCCGAGACGAAGAACUCCUGCGGUCUUGCAGCAACAGGUGCUGGGACCGUGGAUUGCUCACGCCAUAACUUUAAACAGCCAUGUGCCGUUGGAGACCUCCAGAAGGGGGAAAAAUACGUGAAUAUGGAUUACCUAUUUUGCUCCACCAUGCAGCACGCGAAGGACCUCAUUGUUUUCAACGUAUCAUACGACAUCGCCUGCCAGUGGAGUAAAAAUAUUCAAGCACGAAUGCUCAAGUACCCCGAUCAUAUUCGCUUCAAUUGCGCCGACAAAUCCAUGACAUUUCUUGUCCCGAAGUUCCAUCUUCCCGCGCAUAUCUUGGCGUGUCAGAUUACUUAUUCGCACAAUCUCAUCAGAGGUAUGGGCCGGACUGACGGCGAGGCUCCCGAGCGUGGCUGGGCGAACAUAAACCCUGUAGCUACAAGCACACGCGAAAUGGGUCCGGGCGCUCGGCGCGAUACACUGGAUGAUCACUUUGGCGACUUCAAUUGGAAGAAAGUUACCAAUUUGGGUGUUAGCCUUUUGCGAAAACUCAAGGUGGCUAUGCCUGAACGUGAACGGCAUCAGCGCGAUUUUCGCGAGUUCAACGACACCCUCAUCGCAGAAAGGUCAGAGGAGGUGUCACGAUGGAGGAUUGCUGUCGAAGAGUGGGAAGCAGAUAUGUCUGUGACGAACCCCUUCGGUGCAACCACAGCAACUAUGACGCAGGCAUCCGUGCGGCUGAGCCUCUCUCAGAAAGAGGCUGAUGAUCUCAAGCAUGGUGUCAAUCAUUCCCUUCAUAGUGAGAUAUCACCCGCGGUUCUUAUUUCAACAGGUAUCGCCAUAGAGGAAGAACAAAACAGGCUCAAGCGGGACAUUUCAGCCCUUGGCGCACACUCAACUGAUCUCCAGCGUUCAAAGAUACAAGAUCGGACGAACGCUCUGAAGCGUAAAGUCGAACAAUGGUGCCAAGUCCAGCUCUUGUAUAUGCCCUCGGCAUCACACAUCCGAACUACUCGUGAUUCCAGCGCGGGGGCCUUUGAGGAAAGGGCACACAAUAUCAAUCUAUUCCUUCCCUCCGAGUUGAAGGAGCACGCCCCAGACGCUGUGUGUGAUGAACAGCUCUGUCGUUUCGAAUGGGAACUGCGUCGAGGGCAAUCCUUUGAUGCACUCGAUGACCUCCGUCGCCAUCUCCUCUUACGCACUCAUCUGUACAAAUUCAAGCACAUUAAUAUCCGUGGUCAACGAGCCAACACCCGCGCUUCUGCUGUAAUCGGAAAUGUUGAACGCAAUGUCUUAGAGGCUGCAGACAGGUAUCGCAGGGCAAGGAACGCACUCAAAAAUCUGCAUGAGACGCUCGGCGAACAUGACUGGCUGGAGGUCUUUCCGAUACUGGAGCAAGCACACGUUCGUGGCAUGUCGGAAGGCGAGGCAGGACAAUCAGAGGGCAAUAGGACUCUCUCUUGGAUCUGGAAGGCGCGGGGAGUUUCUGCUGCAGGAGAUGUUCUCACAGAUGCAUUAAGAAUAGAAUGGUGUAAAGCAAGGGCACGUGCGAAUCGCUGGACGGAGGAGGUCCAGCAGGCUAUACUGUCAUAA